GUAUUGGCAACUGCGUGACUAUAUGCAUAUGCUGUGAAGAAUGGAAAUCGGAACCGGUUCGUCGUAUACAUAUUAGUUUCUGUGAAACUCAAGUAAACUAUGGCUUCUAACAUAUAUUCAUUUUAUAAGCAAAUACAUCCACCAACAGCAGUUGAACAUUGUCUGUAUUGCAAUUUUUAUAAUUUCUCAGAACAAAAUUUGGUAAUAGCAGGUGCAACUGUGUUGAGAAUUUAUCGUCUAACGCCAGAAGCUGAGAUUCCUGCCAUUGGAGAACCCAAACUGAAGUUGGAAUGUGUUCAGGUUUUUCCUUUGUUUGGAAAUGUGAUGUCAAUGCAGUCCGUGCGACUUGCUGGAUCAUCCAGAGAUGCCCUGCUUUUGAGUUUUAAAGAAGCUAAAUUAUCCUUGGUUGAAUAUGAUCCAUCGACUCAUGAUUUGAAAACUUUAUCUCUGCAUUAUUUUGAGGAAGAGGAUAUGAAGACGUAGGAGACUGGAACUUCCUGGCCACUCUUUAGAACUGUUUCUAAGAAAUGAUGGAAAACUGCAUCAGCAAAGGUGAGGAUAAAGUAUACAAAUCAUAAAAGUUAAUUAGUAUCUCACAGCUUCUGUAGUCAAUGCAAGAUCAAAAUGUAGCAAGGAUCAUUAGGUGUUCCAUGCUCAUUUAUCAAGCAAGUUUCUCUUUCAAAACAAAUUGUAGUAAAUUUUGCUUGUUAUAUUCAGUUACAUUAUAUAAAAUGCUUGGAAUCCUUCUUUGCAAGCUGUAUAAUUGGAUUACAGACUUGAAAAAAAGAAAAAAAAAAAAAAAAAAAAAGAGUGAAUACUUGACAUAUAUGAUGUUGGUUAGCCAGUUAUAUGUGUACAGUGGAACACAUCUGGAUAUAGCAUAGUAUGAUUUUUGUCAGUUAGUCAAAAAAAAAAAAAAAAAAAAAAAAAAAAAAAAA